ACAGUAUAAGGAACAGGCUACCUUCAAACAAAUGAGAUGUACUUGAAGACUCUUCGAGGUAAUUCAAGUCUACUUGCUCUCAUUCUUUUGUAACCGCUUCGUCCUUUUGGUUACAACUGAUCUGACACUCAAACUGAAGGCUUUACUGCUGCUCAAACCCAGAUUUUAGACAGCAGCAGGCAAACAACUGUAUUUUUCAUCCAUAUUUUCUUUUUUUUAUUGUUUAAGUGUACCUACGGUGUAUUCGAAAGUGCUCAAGACUCUGUGUACAGUUUGUAGAUCUUUGAAAGAUUGAUUCUUUUAAUGACUUGGACCUAUUUUAGAUUGCUUGAUGAAUUUGUCAUUCUGUUUCUGUUGAACUUUUAGUUUUAUAAAUACAGUGCAGUAACCAACACUUUCAGCUAAAGCUGUCCCUAACCAGGACAUUUAAAGAUUGAUCAUGACUUUGUAUUAAUGAUGUCAAUGCCUUGUGUUUUGGGGCAAUGCUUUGAGUAGUAGCUUUCAUCGGCUCGUCAUCAAGGGAACUGAUUUCUUUAAGGAGCAGCACUUUACAAAUUAUGAACUUUACAAAGUUAUGUGGCAGAGGAUCCAUCUACUUGGAAAUUUCAUCAAUGCACCUUGUUAAGUACCUGGCAGAAUUGAGUGCUCAUCCUGUUGGUUCAAAUGCCCUUGAUGUUGCAUUAGAGGUACUCCUUUCUUUUGAUAACAUCUAUUCAGUGUUGGAAAAUAAAUUUUAUCUUUCACUUGAUUAUCAUGUGAUAGCAUGAAUAACCCUUAAUGCCAAGUUAUAGUACUUUAUCUGAUAUUGAGCUCAAAGUCAGGCUAAUCUUUUUAAUUACAUCUCAGAGAGCAUUUUGAUGCUUUAUCUUAAUGUACUACAGAGAAUUGGUGUAUGUCAGGUAUCAAGACACAUCUUUACCUGAUUGGUAAUUCUACUGAAGGCAAUUGUGUCUAUGCUGAUGAGGACUUACUGGAUGCUCUACUCGGUUCUGCGGUUCCUGUGGAUCUUGUUAUUGAUCACUCAGUACAGAUUGAUGUGGCAAGAUCAGCGAAUGCAGUUCAGGCAAAUAUGGAACUUGAGUUUCAACACAACAAGAUGAACUUGGAAUACAUUGGACGAGUUGUUUUUAACAAUGAAGGAAUGCUUAACCCUGACAGUGUUGUUGGUACUGAUUCCCACACAACUAUGAUAGAUGGGUUAGGUGUUGCUGGCUGGGGAGUUGGCGGAAUAGAUGCGGAAGCUGCAAUGCUUGGCCAGGGAGGAUAUGUGGGAAAGGGCAUAAAACAACAGUAUAUAUUUUCUUGUUCAUCAUUUUGAAGACAAUGAUUGCCUGAUAUUUCUUCGGCACAAUCAACUCUCUGCACGGUAUAGGACUUUCAAUUACAUCUCCCGGAUGAAUUAGAGGACAACUUAUAGAUUUAUUUCCUCAAAACUCAAAAGGUGCAUCAAGGGAUCAAUUGGCUUGACAGCAUGCUUGGGCUUUCGGCUUAUCUUGUGGAAAGCGUACUUUCAAGGUACUAUUGAAGACAUCCAAUUCAAGAAGAAAUCGACGGAUAACCUCUAACAUUGUAUUACUCAUCUCAAAUGUAAUAUUAAUCAUUCAUUUUAGUAGCUUUAGUCAGUCAUCGAGUGGAACAUUUGUAUUGAGAGCAAGACUGAUAAUGCAUAUAUAAUGUUUGGACGCUUA